AUGUCACAAGUUUUGUCACGGCUUUUCCUACGCAAUCUGAGAGUUUUAAAUAGAACGCCGAUAGCCGACAGAGAAAUGGAGGAAGCAGUGACCGAACCGAGAACAAGACAGACACGCACGCAAAGCCAACUAGAAACGAUAGGAGAGAAAGUACAACAGCUUCAUGCACCGUCUCAGGUUGAAGUGCACAUGCAGAUGCAAGAAGAUGUUACGAAUGAGCUUAAUGUGGAGCAAUAG